AUGAACUCGUUCAAUGAAUCCGAAUGUCAUACACCUCGACCGUACAUCGAGAAGCGCAUUAAAUCACCUCCAGAUUUGGAUGUAUUACAAUACAGAAUACCAUUCACAAAUGAUCCUAUCCAAAGAUUCGAGUACGGGGACUCAUCUCCAUAUCCCACUCUUAGUAAGACAUGCUUGACAAAUUUACCUAAAGAUGAAAAUAGGUGGUCGCCUUCUCAGGAAUUGGAUUUAAGUAUUCUCGACUGUUCACACGGCGAUUCUAGGAAAGGUUUAAAAAUAUCCAAUGGUGUGGUGGAUACUCCACCUUUAUACAACAGACAAAAUAUUUUAUCCGAAAGACGACCUAUGCAACCUCCAUAUUCAGAUAAGAUUAAACAGAUUACUCCACCAAAUAUUUUAAUGAAAAAUGAUGACUUUUUUCUAAAGAAGGAAAAUUUACAAGGAAUAAACAGUUUACACAAACAAAUGAACAAAUUAUACAUAGGGAAAGAAAAUGAUCCCAUGCUGAAGAAAACUGAAAUUAUGAAUUUAGGAGCCUUAAAAACACCAUGUGCUAAACCUAAUUCAAUAUCUCCUGCUAUUUGUCAGACAGAAAUCUUUGACUGCAAAUGUUAUCACUGUGUAAAAAAUUGUCACACACAGCAUUUACCACAGAGGUUUGUGAAUCAUUCUAGAAAACCAGUACAUAAUUACAAUUGCAAUGUAUGUGAUUGUAUUGUGAAUGUACCCCAAAAUCAUUUCCAUUGCCCAUGUAAUAUUCACUCCGUGAAUCAAUCAACACCAACAUGUAGUAACAAUACACAAAAAGCAAUAGCUAAACCUUCAACCCCACAGCCGUCAUUGAAUGCCGUGGACAAAAAGACAUGGCUCAUUGAAAAAUACAGUCAAAACAAAACAGACUGCCAAGAUUUACAAACACAGGACAGUAUUGUCAAAGAUAAAAGAGAACCGACUGUUGCAGAUUUAUUUAAAAUAAUCAAGUUGCAAAAUGAACAGUUACAGUUGCUGCAGGAAAAGGUCGACAAAUUCAUAUCAGCCAAUAAAAAUGAACAUCAGAAAAUAAAUCAACCUAUGCAGAACUACGUGACAGAGCAUGUUGCUCUGGAAUCGGUCGGAACAGUAUCAACAGAACAAAAGAUAUCCAUAGGUGUUAUGACAAGCUUUGAAAUGGUACGAACAUCAACCAUCAUAAAUAAAGAAAUUGUCACACAAAAUGAAGCUCAAAUACAAUGCAAUAGAUCACAGAUUAGUAUCAAGGAGGUUGUAGCAAAACAACCAGUUAAUCAAAAUUUUUUAGAAGGAUUGAAACCGAUGCCAAAUGAAACUCAAUCACCACCAGUGUAUAAACUUCAUGAUAACACAGAAACUGGGCAAUUAAAAAGCACAUAUAAUAAACAUGAUGAGAAGACUCUAAAUGAAAUGAGUCUAUACAAUGUACAAGUUGACAACGCUAUCACUCCGAAUAUGUCGCCUGAACAAAGUCUUUAUUUAGAUGUUCGAGACUACAGUGAUUCAGAUGCAAGCAGUGAUGACCAAUCAAAUGUUGGGUGGACAUAUUACAACAAAGUUAUGACACAUGUGAAUGGAAUGCUUCAAGAUUCGGACAUGCCUUCAUCAGCUAGCGCAUUAUAUAGAAAUGCAAGACAGAAAUGUUUGCAAAUGCAAAUUGAUAAGACGAAUGUUAGUGUGGCUAAAAGGGUGACAUUUGGUGAGGAUGUAGCUCUAAAUCAGGCGCAACUUCCGAUUCCUACAACAGAUACCAGUCUCAAGAUGAACCAGCUGGCUGCUAAGUAUCUUAAAAAUAAUUCAGUACCUCCAACUACUAGAAGACCAGAAGCAACUGAUAUAUCUUUGGCUACCAGAAAUUAUAUGGAGAAACAUAACAUACCUCAAGGUAAAAAUAAUUUAAAAAUGACACAACAUAUGGAGAUACCAAAAUUUUUGGAUAUAACUGCUUUGAAACAGCAACCGAAGUUUUUAUGA